AUGAAUCCCGUCAACACCAAGCCCUACCAGCUCCCCGCUGAUGCCACCUGGUUCAUAACCGGCUGCUCCAGCGGCAUCGGACGCGCGCUGGCCACGCACGUUGCCGCUCAACCCGGCCACCGGCUCAUCGCGACCGCCCGCAACCCUGCCAGCCUCUCCUACCUGCCCGACGACAACCCGGCCAUCCUCAAGCUCGCGCUGGACGUGACCUCCCCCGCGGCGGUGGACGCUGCCUUCCAGGCCGCAGCGGCCCACUUUGGGGAGAGCUACUACAUUGACGUGUUGGUCAACAAUGCCGGCUACCCGCUGUCCGGUGACAGCGAGGCCGUGACCGAGGCGGAGAUGCACGACGAGUUCGAGACCAACUUCUUCGGGACGGUGCGCGUCGCCCUGAAGGCCAUUGCGGUGAUGCGGCAGUCGCCCACGCGCCGGGGUGGGCUCAUCUUCAACGUCUCUUCCGUGGCGGGUGUGUGCGCCUUUCCGGGCCAUGCUUUCUACCACGCCAGCAAGUUCGCGGUCGAGGGGUGGACCGAGUCGGUGGCACGAGAAGUGCACCCUGAUUGGAACAUCAACUUCUGCAUCGUCGAGCCCGGCGCGGUCAAGACCAACUUCGAGACGACCAGCAAGAAGCACAUCAAGCCGCACGAGGCCUACGCCGCUCCCGAUCUGCCGGCCAGGCAGCUCGAGGUGUUUGUGAAGAAGGGGCUCGAGGCAGGCGUCGGAGUGCAGCCCGAGCAGGUGGCGCAGGUGCUGUAUCAGGUGGCGGCCCGCGGGGAGAAGGUCCCGCUGUGGUUGCCGCUGAGCGGGACGGCCAUCAUGCUCAUCACAGCCAAACUGCAGGGCAGACUGCAGGAGUUGGAGACUAACAAGGAGCUGAGUGCGAUCGACAAGGAUCAGGCCCAGUUCAAGCUUAACUAG